ACACAUAACCCGGAUUAAAUUACGCAUUGCACCUUUAAGAAGCUGUCACCGGGAUUAGAGUUACGCGCAGCGAGCCAAGUCGCCCUCCGGAGGGGUUUUACGCACCGUCGGUUUCCAUUUCUCCCUCCGCCUCUCCUCUUCCUCGCUGGUCCUGACACUAACCGGGGAGCCCGCCACACCUCGCGACAUGGCCGAGAUAGGGAAAGGGGUCACCGCCGGGAAACUGGCCAUCAACGUCCAGAAGAGACUCACCAGAGCGCAGGAGAAGGUUCUGCAGAAGCUCGGCAAAGCAGACGAGACCCGAGAUGCUGCCUUCGAGGAGAUGCUGGCCAACUUCAACAAGCAGAUGGCAGAAGGCACCAAACUGCAGAAAGACCUGAAAGCCUACGUGACGGCAGUGAAGACUCUGCACGAUGCGUCGCGGCGGCUGCAGGACUGUCUGGCCGACAUGUACGAACCCGACUGGUUUGGCAAAGAGGAGAUGGACACGUUGGCAGAGGAGAUGAUAGAGAAGGAGAUGGACAAUAACUUGGAGGACACAGACACUCUGUGGUUAGACUACCACCAGAACAUCACCGACAAAUCUCUGGUGUGUCUGGACACGUACCUGACUCAGUUUCCUGACAUUAAGGCUCGCAUAGCGAAGCGCGACAGGAAGAUGGUGGACUUUGACAGCGCCAGGCAUCACUUCGCCUCCUUACAGAAAGGGAAGAAGAAGGACGAGGCCAAGAUCGCCAAGCCAGCAGCCUUGUUGGAGAUGGCGGCUCCCAGCUGGGCUCAGGGUUUGAUAUCAGCCCACCAGGUGGCUCAGACUAACCUCUCCUACAACCAGGCGGAGGAAGAGCUGGGUCGAGCUCAGAAGAUUUUUGAGGAGCUGAACGUGGAGUUACAAGACGAGCUUCCAGCACUGUGGGACAAUCGUGUUGGCGUCUAUGUUAACACAUUCCAGGGCCUGGCAGGUCAUCAGGAGAAGUUUCACAGAGAAAUGGGCAAGCUCAGUCAAAACCUGAACGACAUCAUGACCAAACUGGAGGAGCAGCGGCAGCUCAAAAAAGGUGGUACUGCGGCAGCCAAGACAGGAGACGGUGCGAAGAGUGACGAAGCCAACCACAGUGAAUCAGCAUGCUCAGCACCAAAGGUGGUGCAGAGGCCCGGCCCUCCUCCCAGUCGGCCUCCCCCGAGACUGACGCCGUCUCCGGACCAGCGGCGGCAGCAGCAGCAGCAGCACGUCGGCGUGUGUGAGGAGGAGAAGGAGAAGGAGGAGGUGGAGGACGCCUCGGUGCCAGAAGCUAACACAGACUCCACAAGCACGACGACACAGCAGGCGCCGUCAUGGGACUCAUGGCAAGAGCAGACCGCCACAGAGCAGGAGCCGCAGUGUGACGACCGCCAGUACCCGCAGGAAGUCCAGGGAGGCUGGGAUUACAACGAAAGCGCCGCACAGAGCUACACUGAGCCCGGGUGGGACGACGCAGCGACGGCUGAAGGUCAGGAAAGCUGGAACGACGACGGAGUCUACGCCGCGCAGUCGUACACCGAGCCCAACUGGGAUGACGAUGGCACCAAUGUGGGACAGGGUGGCUGGGGCGAUGAUGAAGAGGCCCAGAGUUCGGUGACCAAUGGCUCCGAUGGCGAACUCCCUCCAGGAUUCAUCUACAAGGUAAAAGCAAUACACGAUUACGCCGCCACCGACGGCGACGAGCUGGAGCUGCAGACCGGAGAUGUUGUGCUGGUUCUGGCCUUUGACAACCCCGAUGAACAGGACGACGGCUGGCUCAUGGGCGUGAAGGAGUCUCAGUGGUUUCAGAAGAAAGAUAUUUCAGCCAAAGGUGUUUUCCCUGAAAACUUUACCCAGAAGAUUUGAAGGUCUAAAGAUUCUGCUCCUCCCUUCUCCGCCCCCAAACUCCUCGGAUGUUCACCUGAGACGGACAAAGUCAAACCGUCAUGUAUUGGAACAGCGUGAUUAGAAAUGUGCAGGGACAUCUCAGUGGCGAUGACACCAACUGAUUUGUUUGUGCAGUUGAAACCAGUGUCGGUGUGAACACACCACUGAUUUCUUCAUCACAUUUAUGCAAAACAAAUGUCAAAGUUAAAGGAUGAUAGAGAGGAAGUGAGUCGAGCCUGAAUGAUGCACAAUUAUCUAAAAUAUUUGAGAUGUCAAA